AUGGGCGGAUCAAAGACACUCGCCCAUGAUACAACCCAAGAAUGGUCCGAGGAUGAGAAUGCUGUUCUUGGAGGUCAUGAUGGACUAUGGAUCCGUUUUCUGACAUGGGCACGGUGGUAUCCGAAAGACAUGAAUCAUUUGGAAAAGCGAUUGGUCUUGAAAUUGGACGUUCUGAUUCUGACAUUCGGCUGUCUUUCAUUCUUCACAAAAUACCUUGACCAGCAGGCUAUUACGAAUGCUUAUGUAUCAGGAAUGAAAGAAGACAUUGGACUCGUCGGUAACGAGCUCAAUUAUAUCACAGCAGCAUUCUGGGCAGCAUAUUGCACAUCUAUGAUCCCUGCAUGCUACUAUCUGACCCGAAGUCGAAUCAAUAUCAUUUUACCUACGUUGGAAGCCGGUUGGGGCCUAUUCACGUUUGGGUGUGCCUGGGCGCAGAACCCAGGCACUAUCUACGCGAUGCGGGUUCUCAUCGGCAUCUGCGAAUCGUGCUCCUUUACCGGCGUGAUAUAUGUCAUUGGGUCAUGGUACAAGCCAGAAGAAAUCGGUCGUCGAAUAUCUCUGUUCUUCAUCGCAUCGCCUUUGGGGACCAUGUUCGCUGGUUAUCUUCAGGCGGCGGCAUAUACAAAUCUGAAUAAUACGCAUGGAUUGGCCGGGUGGAGGUAUCCAUCUCUGAAAUACUUGUACGAGGAUGACUAUCAGCUAAUAAGCUUUACAGGUGGCUUUUCAUCGUUUGCACCAUCAUCACAAUACCCAUAUGUAUCCUGUAUGCCCGGACUCACCACCUCCGAUACAGGGACAUUACUGACUGGAGACAGAGGAUAUAUAGCAUUCCUGGACGUUCCGCAUCGCACAAAACCCCGGUUUCUAACUCAUAAAGAGCACGAACUUGCCAAUUCCCGCCUCGUUGGCCUCACAGCUCCAAGCCAAUUGAAAGUCUCCCGCGACAUAUUCAAGCGCGUUCUCGGCCGUUGGCAUUGCUGUUUCUAUUGUAGCUGCCUUGAUCGCGGGGACCACGGCGGACAGGAAGAGAAAUUUCUGGCUCCCUUCUAUCAUCACUACAAUUCCAGUCCUGUUGGGCCUUGUGUUGCUUGUAGUUUGGAAUCAAUGAGCCCUCUCACAAUGAGCUGGGCAACCGUAACGAUGGCCAACGAUGCCGAAGAGCGUGCAAUCGUGACGGCUAGCAUGAACGCUAUCGGUCAAGCCAUGUCCGCUUGGACGCAAUUACUGCAAUACCCGGCAGCGGAAGCCCCGAACUUCAGGGGAGGUUUUAUCUCGAAUCUGGCAACUACCGUGGCGCAGUUGGCGGUUGUUGCGAUUAUGGUUUUGCUCACUCGUUGGGAUGCCCGAAAGACGAGCGGGUCAAAUGUGUCGGCAAUAUAG